AUGAAUGAGUUCAAACUGUCUGUUACUCCAGAUGAGGAUGUGAGUGCUAUUUUACCGUCAUAUUUCAUGUAUAAAGCAACAGUGGGUGUAAGUGUCAUGACAGCGGAACAAAUGGAAACUCAAAAUAUUGAUCCUCCAACUUAUAUCAAUGAGAACAAUCCAGGAUGGAGUAGUUCCUUGAUUUCCCCCAUACUGUCUGAAAAUUUAUCUACAAGCCCUGUAUAUGCUCAACAAUUUGUACCUUCCAGUGAAAGUCCAGUACCAAUAACUAAUGAGCACCAAGAAGUUGGAUCUGAAGAAAAAAUACUAGAUAAUGUGUAUCGUCUUCCCAAUCUAUCAUUGUAUCCCAAUAAAGUUGGUGACAGUAUUCGACUACAAAUUCAUUUUACAAAAGAAAUUGGAGAACUUGGUAAAAAACCAGAAUUCAUAAAUCCUUAUGUGUAUGAGUAUCAACAAGGUGAUGUAAUAAGUGGAUAUAUUGUAAUUGAAAAUGCAUCAUCAAAACCAAUCCCAUUUGAUAUGUUUGUUGUAUUAUUUGAAGGAGUAUUUAUGAUUACUAAUUCAGAUCAUGGCAAGAGUGCAAUACCAGUCAAGAUUAAAAAGUUUUUGGAAUUAUUUGAUUUUUCAGCAAGUUGGACAGAAGCAACAAUCAAUAGAUUACGGUCAGAAUCACGUAACCCAUAUAUCUGGCUCGAUCUUGUUGAUCCCGUGGAUGGUAUAUCAAUAUCAUUGAGUAAUGAAAAAUUUCUUACACCAUAUAAAAAGUAUAAACGAUUUUUCACUUUUAAAAUUCCACACAACUUGUUGGAUUCCGAAUGCAAUAAUCACAACUUGUCGAAACAUGUUAAGUUACCCCCUACAAUUGGUAACAUUUCAGAUAAUGAGCAACAAAUCAAGACAUCAACUCGGUCAAAUUAUUUUUUUGAAGAUUUUUCAUUUUCAGAUACAUCGAUAUCAUAUGGUGUUACUGCUAGAUUUAUUGGAAGAGUGCAUCCGAUUGAACAGGAGUUUGGAAAAAUAGAUAUCCCAUACACAGAUGACAGAUUACAAGAUUCCAAAGGUGAUCCAUUCAUAGUGUUAAAAGAGCUUACCAGUCAUGUUAGAGUUAUUCCCAAAACCAUCAAUCUAACAAAUGAAGCUAUGUCACUGAAAGAUUUAGAUAAUCAGAUUUUAUUUGAAAAUUUUAUACAGAGAAUAGAGGAGAAGAUUAAAACUGGUAGAGAGUUGAUCAAACAAGUUGCAAAUGCCACCACUUUAAAUAAUUAUCAUAAUGUGAUACCAGAUAUAGAAUCAGAUGUUGCAAAAAGAGACCAGUUAUACAAACCAAAUAGACGACGCGAUAUCAAGCAGGUUUCCAGUUCUAUAAAACAGUAUGAGUCGUUCACGUUGAUUAACAAAAGAUCAUUUACUGGUACAAAUACAAUUUCAGGGGCUUUAUAUUUGUCCACGCCCAAAGUCAAUUACAUCAUAGACUAUAUUCCACCUAAAAAGUAUAGAACACAAUCUGAUGUGAAUUCAUCUUGGAAACUUGUUAUACCUUUGAAGAUCUCAAUCAAGCCAUUUGAGACCCCUAUGAAGAGUCAGAACCUCCCAACCAUCAAAUCAAUUAGUGCUGAUAUGGUUGUGGUCACUAUAAAAUCUCCCAAAUAUCCAAUCCCAAUAGAGUUUGAUCAUGGUAUGCUUUAUAAUAAUGAUACAGGUCAACCAUUUGAUGAAACACUGUUCAAGAAUAACAUUGUUGAGCCAUUUAAAGAGUAUGCUUUAGAAUUGUAUCAGCUUUCCCAAGAACUUGGAGAAAAUAAUUUCAAUAUUGAAAGACAAUUAAGUGAAGAUAUUAAAUCCAUGUGUCAAUUACAAUGUAAAAUUUCAGAAUUACACGUGGCCAACUUGAAAAUAAAUGGACAUUCAUGGAAUAAAAAAACGACUAAUUGGUCUAUUUCUAGCAAAGAAGCAAAUGCAUCUGUAGAUGUCACUAUCAAAUUAGAAUAUUUAUCUCAUCAACUAUUAAAAUCUUUACCUGAAUCAUUGAAAUCUUAUAAUAGAUUCAAUUUUAUACCUGAUUUCCAAAGUUGUUACAUGAGUAGAUUAUACCAUAUCAAUCUCAAUAUUGUGUUAUCAUGUGGCACCAAAUGUCAACUAAGAAUCCCCCUUAGAGUUCAAAAGAGAUGA